GUCCCGCCCCAUCGCUUCCUAGCCAGGCUCGGUUACUGGGGAGCUGGAGCUAUGACUGCGCGUGGGACCCCGAGUCGCUUUCUGACCAGCGUGCUCCACAAUGGGCUGGGUCGCUACGUGCAGCAGCUGCAGCGUCUUAGCUUCAGCCUCAGCCGAGACGCGCCCUCGUCGCGCGGCGCCAGGGAGUUCGUGGAACAGGAGGUGGCCAACUUCGCCCGACGGAACCCGGGGGUCGUAAUAUACGUGAACCCGCGGCCGUGCUAUGUGCCCAGAGUCGUGGCCGAAUACCUUAACGGAGCUGUGCGCGAGGAGAGCAUCCACUGCAAGUCGGUCGAGGAGAUCACGAGGCUGGUGCAGAAGCUGGCGAAUCAGUCCGGCUUGGACGUGAUCCGCAUCCGCAAGCCCUUCCACACGGACAGCCCUAGCAUACAGGGCCAGUGGCACCCCUUCACCAACAAAGCGACAGUGUGCGGUGGGCUGCGCCCGCGAGAGGUCCAGGAAUCUGCGGCAGCACAGGUGCCCGCGCAGUGAAGAGUUACUUAGACUCCAUUCCCCCUGACGGUGGUUCUUCCACCUUGGGUUCUGGGGAUUCCAAGCCUAGGAAGACAGAUGGAGCCCACGAAAGGGAACGUUGGUACCAGACCUUUUGCUUGGGAUGAAGAAGAGCUGCCUGCCUCUUUCUAUCUGGUGCCCACUGUGAUGGGCAGUGGCUUUGAGUCUCUUUAAUUCUUGUCCAGUUGACACUACUGAAACAGGAGUCUUCAAGGAUGUUAACUGAAUUCUCAUUUCUGAAAUCAAAAUCAGUAGUAAUACACUCACGUCGCAGUGAGGAAUUUCAAGGCUGGCUUCUGAAGAGUCCCUGAUGUCCUCUUUCUGCAGUCAUUGAGCUAGGGAGCUAGCACCACCUGCUGUGCCGUGAACCUGGCUUUGGGCUAAGCUGUGUGAAUGUUAGUGUACAAAUCAGAAAACUGAGGUUAAUAAACUUGUUACUUCAAAAUA